UGAAGUGCGAACUGGCGAGCGAUCGGUGCGUACGGGCCACGGGGAGAUAAAAGCAUAUGUCAUUUUUAUGAUUGUACGGUAAAAUUCGAACGAAGAAAAUGAGGUGGCUCAGCUCGUGCGUAUUCCUCGUCGUAUCUAUCGUCAGCGUGCGUUGCUACUUCAUCACCGUAGACGCCCACGCCGAGGAAUGUUUCUUCGAUAAGGUUGAAUUCGGCACCAAGAUGGGCCUCACAUUUGAAAUAGCGGAGGGUGGAUUCUUAGAUAUAGAUGUCAAGAUAGUCGGCCCUGACGGUAGAAUAAUCUACCAAGGUGAGCAGGAGAGCAGCGGGAAAUAUACGUUCGCCGCACAUACUUCGGGUGUUUACACCUAUUGCUUCAGCAAUCAGAAGAGCACGAUGACGCCAAAAGUGGUGAUGUUCAAUAUGGACAUUGACGAAAAUCGAAAGCAAACCGAGGAUAACGCUGGUGCGGAGGGUCAGGAUGGCGAUGCCAAUCAUGGGAAGUUAGACGACAUGAUUAAAGACCUGAGCACCAGCUUGUGGGGUGUGAAGAACGAGCAGGAGUACAUGCAGGUUCGCGAUCGCAAUCACAGAGCGAUCAACGAGAGUACCAAUUUCCGCGUAGUGAUAUGGGCGUUCUUCGAGGCCCUGGUACUGGUCUGCGUGACGGCAGGGCAGAUCUUUUACUUGAAGCGAUUCUUCGAGGUUCGGAGAAUCGUGUAACUUAGGAUUAACUAAUGAUACACUCCGUGAAUCAAUUGUACAUUUUUUCUAUGUAAUUAAAUUAUAUAUCUCAUUCGCGAUAAGUCAUCGCUGCGGUAAAUGCGCUCCACCACUUUGUCGAGGUCAGACCCAAACUGUACAUCGGUAGGAUUAAGGUAUUUCCUACGUCUGUAAGAUUUCUAACAAACGAGGAAUUUGUAAUAGGGGGCGUGAUCGAGGCCCCUUUGCAAUCGCGAACAUUUCCACAAUAGUGAAAAACGAUGGAAAACGUUAAAAGUGAAACAUGUCUGUAAUAACGGGAAAAAAUACACGUGCAUCUUUCUGUAAUUAUCCGUUGUUGUAUUCGACUGGCGAUAUGUAUAUCCAUAGUUCCAUUUUACAUUUAUUUAUAAAACAUGUCUUUAAUUAGCGACGCA